ACAAACCUUGAAAAUUACAAUAAUAGUCAUUACGAUGUACAUAGAAGUGAAUCAGAUUGUUUAUGGUUAAGAGAUAAUUUACAGGAGUUAUGUACAGAAUGUGUAGUGCCACCUUUACUUCAACAGACUACACUUAAUGGUGAUUAUAGCUCAGGGGUCGAUUGUACGAAGGCUGGAUGGCGCUAUCCACCGGAUAGUGAUUUUUUAACCAUUGUAAAAAUGCUUGAAAAGUGAUAAAACUACGAAUAUACUGUAAAUCGACUAUACUGUAAAUCUCACAAUUAGUAAAAGGAAACACGCUGGGCAAACAAGACAGCAAAUUAGGCCACGAGAAUGGGCCAACAAAUAACUUUCUGUCGUUAGGUUGGAAUAUCACGAAACUUUCUCACAGGAUAGAACUUGAGAUUGCUAAAAAUCGUAUGUUUUUUGUUUUUCGAUAUUGUUACAUUUUGGCGGCAAAAUGACGUGCCAACUUUGGCGCCAAAAAAUUAAACUCGAGCUAAGAAAAUGCUAGGAACUUUUUUGAAGAGAUUGUGCUAUAAGGAUCUCAAAAUUGUAAAAACAUUGAAAAUACGCCAAAACAGUGCAAAGAUAUGGUGCUCAAAAGUCUGCAAAAUCCGCCAUCUUGUUACUAAAAAUAGAUUUUUUUCGAAAUUUGAAUCGCCAUAUCUUCGCACUGCCUUGUUGUAUUUUCAAUAUUUUUACAGUUUUGAGAUUCUUAUAGGACAAUCUCUUCAAAAAAGUUACUAUCAUGUUCUUAGCUCGUGUUUAAUUUUUUGGCGCCAAAGUUGGCACAUCAUUUUCCCGCCAAAAUGUAAAAAAAUCGAAAAACAAAAAACAUACGAUUUUUAGGAAUGUCAAGUUCUAUUCUGUGAGGACGUUUAGUGAUAUUCCAAACUAACGACAGAAAGUUAUUUGUUGGCCCAUUCUCGUGGUCUAAUUUGCUGUCUUGUUUGCCCAGCGUGAAACUUCGAUAGCGCUAUCCUGUUUUCGUACAACCGGAUCCAGUGAAAUAGCUUUACAUGUUGCGUGAGUGGGGAAAAAGGAAUAAAAAGAUUUGUACAGCUACCAUUUAUUUACAUGCAGUUAAUAUUGAAGUCAAUUUCGGCUUAAGAUGUUAGUAGUUUGGCAUAACAUUGGUCUCGUUAUUUUUAGGGAAAACGAGGGAACUGGAACGGUUUCUUUCUCGUCUUUGUCAACAUCAAAUUCUGCGAACAAGCAGUUUAAUACAGUUAUUUUUAACUGGUUCAGAUGAGGUACAGUUUGUGUUUUCGAGUAAGAAGACGAUUUAUCGUUUGUUGUUGUUGUUGUUGUUGUUGUUGUUGUUGUUGUUGUUGUUGUUGUUGUUGUUGUUGUUGUUGUUGUUGUUGUUGUUGUUGUUGUUGUUGUUGUUGUUGUUGUUGUUGUAAUCUGUAUUGUAUGUUGUGACCUUUCUUAGACAAGUGGGAUCCAAUUCUUUAUAUAACAUCUUAAUUUCGUGUUUUUAAGGAAAUUAUAACAGCAAAAGAAGAGUUUAGUGAAAGACAGUCGUUGAAGCAGAGUCUAAUUGAUCAUAAACCAUCCAGAAUAUCAACUAGUGAUAAAGGAACACUUGUUAAAUGUCAGGUAUAGUAACUAUUGAGUAUCGGGAUUUUAACUGAUGAGUAAUUAAUAAGGCUACAAACAAAUCACGACGCGGUAUUUAUAGAUGACAUGUGCACACUUGUAAACCGCAGUAAGUCAUGUUAGAGGGAUGUUUAUGAAAGUUAUCAAUUUUCUGUAGGGAUGUUUAUGGAAGUUAUCAAUAUUCUGUAGGGAUGUUUAUGAAAGUUAUCAAUAUUCUGUAGGGAUGUUUAUGGAAGUUAUCAAUACUAAUUCAGAUCUUAAAUGCAAGCUAAUGAAGCGUGAGAUUGUCCCCAUGGGCAGUGAAUAGUAAUAAAGUAAACAAAUAAAUUCAUUUUACAAGUAUGUUAAAAUAUUCGCAACUGAUCUUUAUGGGCAUUCUAAAUGCCCAUAAAUAUCGGCUGCUCAUAUUUUAACUGGUACUUUUUAUUUCAUUGCGCCGUAUCGUUCACGCCGUGUAUAAAUGCCCUAUCUUCUGUUAGGUAUUCCCAUGGAUUAUUGUGGACUUUUUGGAGCGAGAACUAUGAAAGAGUCGUGAAUUUACUCGACUGUAUUGAAUGUCCUUUCAUGUCUUAACGAUCUGUUAAAGUCGUAUCGUGUUUCCUUUUCUUCAGAAAUAUUUAGUAUCCAUUGUGAAUAGUUUAAGUGGCUUAAUUAAUCAUCUGAGGAGCAGUCUGGAAAGUGGUUCUAAAAGUAAGUUCCUCUUGUUACAUCUUAUUGUCAGACCUGGAAAAAGUGUUUAAUGUUUCCCAGAUCCUGAAUUUGCAUUUUUCAAAUGUUCCUCAAGAGUGCGUAAAACGAUGGCAAAUUUGACUGACACAUUAAUUAUGCCAUCAUGUAUGCAACAACAAAAUAUUCUUGACUGCAUUUAUGUUACUUGACUCAAAUGACAGAAAAUAGUAUGAUAUACGAUUCCUUAAAUGGUGCAUUCGAGUUGAUGAGAGUUGGCCAUGGAUAUUAUCAGUUAAACCAUAGGCAGCCCAAUGUUAUGGUUGCCUGCCUGCCUGCCUGCGCGCGGGCGAGGCAUUGUAUAGUUGUAACACAACUAUACAAUGCCUCGCCUGCGCGCAGGCAGGCAGGCAACCAUAACACGUUGGGCUGCCUAUGGUUAAACGAGCAAAAAGAGUCAUCAAGUGAUCAACUGAUAAAAAUUGGAAUCAGCUCAAAGUUGUUGAGAGUUGGCGGUUAAACACGAGCGAGAGUUGUAAUUCUCAGCAACUCUCACCCUCGUUUGAUCAGGGCUUAAGAUUUCAAGGAAAUUGCCAGAAACGAAGGUCGAAGGAAAUGCAAAUUUGUCUUACAACUACUAAGUAAUGUCAUGAAUCUUGUUGAAAAAAGAUAUUGUCGUAUUCCAUCAAAGUACUUAAGCAAUAUAAACCUCCCCAAGAAGUUGAAAAGAACAAUGUUUGAUAUAUACUUUAUAUAUUAUUCAGAGGGCCAGGGACGAUGGUUUAAAUCAAUUGCAGAGUCUGAACCUGAAGAAACGUACCUAAAGGUAAUGGAUAUUUUGUCCAUUUUGAUAAACUAUGUAGUCGGUUGAUGACCUAAACGCCCGUUCAACCAGUCCAACAUUGUUGGUCCUACUGACCAGGGGUGGAAAAAUAUUUUACUUUCUGGGACCGCAAGAGAACAUUGAAAAUUUUUUUGCAAAUAAUCUUGAAGUAAAUGGACACUCGGACACUGUAACUGUGUGACACUAACGAGUUGUCAAACUGGAUGUCAUGCUAUAUUUUACAGAAAAAAUUAUUUCAGUCCACUGAGAAUCUUAAAAUAUUACAUAAAACUAAUUUAGAUAACAUGCAUCAAGGGUCUCAUCCUAUGGUAAACACAGAUGCAAAAAAGGGCACUACUGGGCGGGGGGAGGGGACACUAUCAGGGGGAUCCAUGCUCCCUCAGAAAAUGUUGAAAUCAGGUGUUCCAGAUUGGCUAAAAAUGCAUUUGCCAUACAACAUUUGUUUCACCAUUCUAUAGUCUAAUACAUUGAUAUACUAUCGCACUAUUAAGUCAUGGGGUCAUGGUGUGAAUUUUCCUCAGAAUUUCUCCUUUUAUCUGAAUUAUUGCAAUUUUCUUGGGGAAGUAUUUUCUGGGAACUCAAAAAAAUUUCUGGGACCAAUGGUCCCGUGGUCCGAUACUUUUUUCAACCCUGUCCUACACCAUACAAUCAUUCUCUAAUAAGGUUUUAUACUAUUUCACAAAUAUUCCAAAGUACAGAUUUUCUGCGCGAAUAAAUCUGAACCUCGUUGCAUUAUUGGGUUCGUAUAAAUGGGUUUUAAUGCACUAAAGUCUAAAAUUACUAUUAGUAACAUGGCAUUGUUAAUAUGCAUAAACAACUAGACAUAUUAUAUUACAAUGUCAAUAGAUCAAUUGUCUCCUCACAAUAUCACCGUAACUCAACUUCUCUGUGUGUUUUUUUUUCAACACAGACGGCUGCCCAAGCAUUAAGUAAAGUUUGUGAUGAUUUAGAAAAAGGACAGGUAAAAUGAAAUAACUUCGAAAUUGCUGUGUACUUACAGGGUCAAGGUCGGCAGGUUUGUUCACUGGCUCGGAAUCUUAAGCAGUAAAUACUUCAUAUAUGAGUAUUAUUUUGUCAUGUCCUAGUUUUACUGGAAGUAUAAAUCUCGUACUCGAGAGAAGCAUUAUGGAGAGUAAUAUAAAACGAUAUUAACUAAUUAAUUCAUUAAUUAACUAUACUUUAGUACUGCGCCUGAUUUAUGAAUUAAAUCCGUAUUCUAGUUUUAUGCAUAAUAUAUACUAUAUAUUUAAUGUAUUCUAAUACUGGUAAUAUGUAUAUAUAUAUAAUAUAUGCUAAAUAUACUGUAUCUAUUUUUAGAAAGAAGAUGAAAAACUUAUUAUUGGUGAUCUUCAGAGUGUUUUAGAAUAUAUUUAUAGUUGCCAGGUAUGUGCACGAUAUGUUAUCCGUAUUUAGUUAUCUUGAAACGAUAUAUACAAUACAUAUAUAUUUAAGUAUUUUGUGUUUUCAUUGUAGGAAUUAUUGGGUAGAGUAGAAAGUUCUGUAAACACAUUUUUAUAUUGGGAAGAGGAAGUUCGGGUGUGUGAAGAAAUGAAGGUACAUGUAAUCAUAGUGAUGUAAUACAAGAGCAGUGAGCUCCAUAUAAAUCUGGAGCGAGAACUCGAGUUCAAAAAUGAAGCCAGCUUCGUGUUAACCGCGCAGACAAAAACAAUAGAAAGGGACUGGAACUGACGUUCAAUAACUCCUUCAAUUUCCGCCAUCUUGGCAAAGAGUGUGCCGAAUUUCGUAUUUUGACAUCGAUUUAAAGAAUAACACUAUGGUUUUAUGAACUGAUAACUUGGAAUUAGCUGGGAAAAUGGUAUAAAAGUGUUUACGACCUUCAUAGCUAUUGGAUGUCAAUGGCCUCCAUCUUGGCUUCACUUUUCUUAUAGACCGAAUGACUGGAGCUCUUGCUCCAGGUAUAUAUGGCUCACUGCACAAGGGUCGCUUUUCAAGAAUUCGAAUACAAGAAUUUCAUACGUAUACAAGAAUUUUUCUGUGGUUGGGUUCAGUAACUCAUAAAAAGCAAAUUACAUUCUUUGAAAAUCUCAUCCUUUAUUUUGACCAGAAAAACAUGAAUAAAGAAAGUAGUACAGAUCUCACUACAAGAUGGGCUGAGGUGAGUUGGCAAAUGAUUUUAGUAAAUAUAGUUUUAUGUCAUAGUAAAGGUUGGGUUGUAUGGGAUGGAAUGAUUAUGCAUGUAGGUGUACUGGUGUACAAAAUAUUAGCAUGCUCCAGCGAUUGUUUUUGAUGGCGCGAUUUAUACUAGCACUGGAGACGGAUGAUCUGUGUGGACAAAUUUGGGCAAAGAAAAAUUGUUCGUCUGAUAGUUCGUCUGCGUAUAAACGCGGGCAAAAAUACGGAUCAUCCGUCAGAACGAACUGUCUGCAUAUAGUUUGUCCACUCGAAUAAUUUGUCCACACUGCAUAUUAUUAUUUAUAGCUACCUCGAUAUAAUGCAACAAAAAUCAACCUGCACCGUGUUGUUGUGCUCUUGUUUGUAUUCGAUAUUUAAUCUAAGAGGCUGUUUACAUGAUCCCAGUUUGCCGGGACAGAAUGUAUUAUGUCAUGAAAUAAAUCGCUAGGCUUUAAUAAACGAAAGUUCAAACGGCGUUAAAUUACUCAAAUGUUGUCCACAAGAUCUCGUGGUCCAAUAAGAUUACUAUUGCUGCUUAACAACUUUUCUUUCACAAUUAUAGAUAAUCUAUGAUAUCUAUCACAAGAAAAAUAAUGUAGUUUUACUGAAUUGGGCACCGUAACUUAUUUCAAUACAUGAAAAUCAUCCCGCCUCACAUCUCGCAAAGCGGGAUCAUGUAAGCAACCCCUAAGGUACCGCUGUGGUUAUAUUUCAGGCGAACUCUAACCUUCAUGCGGCCAAAGCUCACUUGGAGAUGAUGUACGAGAAUCUCUCAAACGAAUUGUAUCAUUUUGAUUAUCAGAAAGAACUGGAGUUACGGGAAAUAUUUAUUGAAUACACGACGUUAAAGUUUGAACAAUAUGAGAAGGUAAUGUAGCAAGUAAUCCAAUUAUCUCUAGUUUUCUUUCUAACGUAUUUUAAGGUCGUUUUCCAUUUCAACGGUUUCGUACCGUACCGAAAAUCUAUGACCGAAACGCACUGUUGCAUGAGCAUGCGUAGAUUGGAUUGGAUCAAAAUUAAUUCACCUAGCCUCAUUUUAAGUAGUGAUUUUUUCGUACGAGAUAUCAUUUCAAAUCGGACUGGACUAGAAAUCAAGUCCUCGCAUUUGGAUCAAAUUGCGCGGACUUGAAAUCUAGUAAUAUUACUUCUAAUACCUCAUAUUGGUAAAAAUUCUAUAUAUGUAAUAGCAGAAAUGCCAUGUGAUUAUGAUUUGUGUGCUUGAGAUGAUAAUUUAGUACGUGUUUAUUAAUUUAUUCAAAGGGCUGAUGUUUUAUUUCACUCAUUAUCUUGGUUUAUAUUUCGUUCACAGGUGAAAAGCAAGUGGGAGGCAGCCACAGUAAUGACGGAAAUGAAGCUAUCACGUGAUAACAGGGCAAUAGUGUUCACGUGACAAUAUUCCAGGAGUGAAAUUCACAGGAUUUUCUAAAUAGAGAAACACCAUAUGUGACUUUUGGUUAUGUGUACGUAAUAUUGGGGGCAUUCUAAAAAGAAAUGUAAUAUAUCUUUGUUGGAAAAACCUAAUCUACGAUAAUACAUGAAUUGUAAUUUGUAAAUUAGUUUUCCCGUUGUUUUUUACUGCUAAAAUUAUUCUAAUGACAUCGCACCAGCACAUUUGACAAUGAAAAUGUUGAUCAAGAUGAGGUUUUUACUAUAAAGAUGUAUUACAUUUCUUCUUAGAAUGAUCCAAAUAUUACACAUGCCAAAAUUCAUACUUGAAAGAAAAUGCCAUUUCGGUCACAUUCCUGGAGAUUAAACGGAAAGUCGUUCACAUGUUCGAAAAACUAAUGAAUAUAAUAACAAAAGCUUUUUAAAAAGUCGAAGUAAAGUCGAAGUAAAUGCAAUUUAAAAGCCUGUAUGUUAUACCACGUCACAGAGGUUCUUCUGUUAGCCUUAUUGAUUCAGUUGGCAGGUUACAUUAGUAGUGUGCUAUUGAAUUUAAACUGUCAUGUGUUGUCGCUGUUGCCCAAUAUUGCCUGUGUAAAAUCACAUACACAAAUUAUUCUAUUGUGACGCAAAAAUGUACAUAAUAAUUUUUAGAAGAAUUAUGAAUUAAUAGUGUAAGUGAUUAUAUUUGUUACAGUGUAACUUCAUUUAUAUAUGAGAAUAAAUUUCAAAUCGUAUAUAAUUAUUGAGCACAUUUGCCAUGUUAUAUGUACUAAUAGACGGUGAUCGCUAGAUAGUAUACUUCAAAAUAAGGUUUCCGUCUUUAUAACGUAGAAAAAACUAUCCUAACACAAAACUAAACCCUAACACUCGCCCUAACCCUAUUCUAACCCCUAACCUAACCCGAUCAGAAAAGUGAUGCCAAGAUGGCGGAAAUUGACGUCCAAUAAGGGACUGGUCAUUAUUUAUGGGGUGGCACCGAAGAGAAAUGUUUUUCCUGGCAAAAAUUUUGCUGACCCAACCAUUAAAAAGUCAAAAAUUUGAUUACCCAACCACAGAUAUCAAUUAAAAAAUAAAUACCCACCCCUGGCCAAAACCUUUACAAAAGGAUACCAUUCAGUUGUUACACAUGUCCUUUACCACUUCUGUGACGGCAUGUUGUAAAAGACGGACUGGACUGGACUGGACUGGACCGGGAAAACGCGGACUGAGUCCGUGUUUUACAAAUCGCGGACUGAAUUUGUAAAACACGGACUGGACUGGACUGGACCGGGAAAACACGGACUGAGUCCGUGUUUUACAAAUCGCGAACUAAGAUUUGUAAAACGCGGACUGAGUCCGUGUUUUACAAAUCGCGUGCUGUAAUUUGUAAAAGGCGGACUCAUUUCCUGAAUGCACUAAGGAUGAACGGUCGCAGUAAAGUAUUGUCUAUUCUUAUGAUAAAGUUCAACGUUUUUACCGAGAAACUUCAAUGUUUUUGAUGAUCAUUUUUGAUCAUUUGGUGGUUUCAAAGCUUGGAUCUGGUUGUUCAACAGAUUAACAUCAGAUCAGAACCUGUCAAGUGCUCAUGACAAACAUCGAAGAUUCUCACGCGAAUAGGCAAUGUUUUUAUCAACGAUCGUUCAUCCUGCAAGCGACGGUAUACAUGACUCAGUCCUGUACUGACUCAGUCGUAAAAGUUUUGGCGGGAAUUGCACUCAGUCGUGAGAGUUUUGGCGGGAAUUGCGGAUAUUAAUGGUCGGUCAAGGAAUAAUCAUAUCGAGCUAAGGUUGGUAAAAAUUACUAUUAUUUAUUUAUUGUUUUGAAUAAACUGAUGAACAGCGUUCAAUCUUAGGAACACGCUCAGCCAUGUGGGGCUUUGUGCCAUUAUUGUCCAGGAAACUCGUGCAUGUAAAUAGUUGUAUGCCUGUAUAGAUAUAGGCUAGCUCUUAUAGCAGAUACCAUUUAGUGUUAAUCAUAAUUAGAAGAAAAUAGAGUUAAUUCGUUUAUUUUGUGUUCGUGGCGAAGAGGGCGUAUUAAAUAAAGGUGUCUACAAAUUUGCGAGAAAUAUGAAAUGAAUACUCUAAUCGAAUUUGCCUUUUAAAUAUUUGUGUUAUUAAACAGGGAAACUCUCGCAGGCCAUCAAAACAGUCUAUUAACUUUUAUUGUUGUCAUACGAGGAAGUUUCUAAAAAUCGUUAUUCGAUUAUAGUAUUCAUUUCGCAUAUUUCUCGCAAAUUUAUAGACACCCUUUUACACCCGUUUUCAAAAUUACGCGACCUAGCUCCCUGAAAAAUAUACUCUUUACUUUUAUGUCACAAAAAAUGCUAAAAAUAGCAAACGUAAACAGACUGUCAAAAGACAUUUUAAACCGUAUUUAAUACCAAAACUGAACAAAAAUGAGUUAGAUACAAGCACAAUACAAACCAUCACAACAGAAAUAUGUGUCGUGAAUAACUUUUAAAGUUUGAAAAAUAACAAUUUAUAACAACCCCUUGGAAUAUAGCUGUUAGUAUAAAAACACGCGCGCGCUAGAACGGUGAUGUUAUGAUUUUGUUUGUGCUUAAAUUUUGCAAUAAUUCCCACGAAAAAGUAUCUUGAAAUCAUUGUAAGCCUGUUUAUAUAAAGCAUACAAAGCAUAUACAUCGACAUGGAACCGCAAAACUCAAAGUUUAAACUUCGUGACCGAAUGACAUAAAACUGACAUGUCAACCUGUCAACUCUAGCAUGCAUUGGCAUAUUGCAUUUAAAAUCCGUACACCCCCUGUUGAGGACACACUGUUCGAAUAUCUGCCCCCCUGGAAUUCCAUGUCAUUUCUUCUCUUAGGCCCUGGAAUUCCACAAGUUUUUAAUAAAUUACCCUUGGAAAUCUGCUAUGUUUUACAUUCCCCUGGAUUUCCUUGCUAUGUUUUGUCUUACCCCCUGGAAUUCCAAGCAUUUUAAAUCAAUUACCCUUGGAAAUGUGCCAUUUUUUCAUUCCCCCCUGGAAUUUCCAGCGUAAAUAAGUGACUUUUGAACACCUCCCCCUGGAAUUUCUAGCAAAAAUAAGCAAGUUUUGACUCUCACCCCCUGGAAUUUCCAGAGAAAAUAAGAGUUUUGACCCCACCCACUGGAAUUUCCAGCGAAAAAACACGAGAUUUGGCCCCCACCCCCUGGAAUUUCCAGCGAAAAUAAGUGAAUUUUGACCCCACCCCCUGGAUUUCCAGCACAAAAAAUGGAGGUUAACCCCUGGAUUUCCAAGGUCCUCAACAGGGGGUGUAUAUUAAAUGCAAUAUGCCAUUUUCGUCCUUGAUCGCGUAAUUUUGAAAACGGGUGAAAACGUUUGAAAACUCUUCGCCACGAACGCAAAAUAAACAAAUUAACUCUAUUUUAAGUCUAAUUAUGAGUAACACUAAAUGGUAUCUGCUAUAAGAGCUAUAUCCAGGAGCGAAACUAGCCCCUUUUAAUUCGGGGGUGUCUGCCAAUUCCUGUUAAAACAUGCUUAACCCUUAAUAUUUUUGGACCAAUAUAAAUUCUAUAAAUUCCCUCUGAAAACCCUGUAAAUUACUUAAUUAACUCAACAUUCUAUCAUUUAAAAUCUUUGAUUUAUUCAAAACAAUAAAUAAUAGUAAUUUUUACCAACCUUAGCUCCAGGAUAUGAUUAUUCCUUGACCGACCUAUUAAUAUCCGCAAUUCCCGCCAAAACUCUCACGACUAAGUGCAAUUCCCGCCAAAACUUUUACGACUGAGUCAGUACAGGACUGAGUCCAUGUACCGUCGCUUGCAGGAUGAACGGUCGUUGAUAAAAACAUUGCCUAUUCGCGUGAGAAUCUUCGAUAUUUGUCAAGAGCACUUGACAGGUUCUGAUCUGAUGUUAAUCUGUUGAACAACCAGAUCCAAGCUUUGAAAGAGGGUGGGAAAGGGUAUUUGUGUGAGCCGUGAAUGGUCAAUAUUUGUUCGCGUGAAAUGUGAAAUGCUUGAUUUUAGUGUCGUGAAAUGUGAUUUGUUCUACAGCCGUGAGGCGUGAUUGUCGAUAUGAGAAUUAAAGUGUCUGUUUCGUGAACUGUGAUUUUGCUUUGUUUAUUUCGAUUAGUAUUUCGUAAUCAGUCAUAAUAGACAUGAUACGCGAUAAUCAAUUUAUAUGAUCGAUCUCACUCGAUUGCACAAGAGUAAAAACUUCGGAGGCCAUUCGGUGGUCGUCGAACAUACUCGUCACUCAAACUUUUUAAGUUAUGAUGUAGUUUUUAACUGCCAGGCAGAGAAGUGAGAGAACCGGCUUAAAACGUAGAUACUGUACCACGCAUUAAACAUAAAUAAACCUAUUAUUAUUAUAUUAUUUUAUUAGAAUCUAGUUUUCCGUGAAAUUGCAUUUUUAAGACACGUGAAUCGUGAAACGGCUUUUUUUUUCGUUGUGAAACGUGAUCAUACCCCCCCCCCCACCCCCCCUUUCCCACCCACCCUCUUGAAACCACCAAAUGAUCAUAAAUGAUCAUCAAAAACAUUGAAGUUUCUCGGUAAAAACAUUGAACUUUGUCAUGAGAAUAGACAAUUAUACUUUACUGCGACCGUUCAUCCUUAGUGCAUUCAGUAAAUGUGUCCGCCGUGUUUUACAAAUUCAGUCCGCGAUUUGUAAAACACGGACUCAGUCCGCGUUUUUUCCGGUCCAGUCCAGUCCAGUCUGGUCCAGUCCAGUCCAGUCCAGUCCAGUCCGUCUUUUACAACAUGCCGUCGAAAUUUGCAAUUCGGUUAGAAUUUAGUAGCAGUACUUAAAUUAUGCAAAUCUUAGAUCGCGAUUUGUAAAACACGGACUCAGUCCGUGUUUUCCCGAGUCCAGUCCAGUCCAGUCCGUCUUUUACAAUAUGCCGUCGAAAUUUGCAAUUCGGUUAGAAUUUAGUAGCAGUACUUAAAUUAUGCAAUGCUAACUACUUCCAGCGAUUAAUCUAAUCCCAAUUCUGUUCUCUACUGAUUUCAGUCCGCGAUUUGUAAAACACGGACUCAGUCCGCGUUUUCCCGGUCCAGUCCAGUCCAGUCUGGUCCAGUCCAGUCCAGUCCAGUCCAGUCCGUCUUUUACAACAUGCCGUCGAAAUUUGCAAUUCGGUUAGAAUUUAGUAGCAGUACUUAAAUUAUGCAAUGCUAACUACUUCCAGCGAUUAAUCUAAUCCCAAUUCUGUUCUCUACUGAUCUACUGUUCUGAGUACAUUUACAACGUAAAGCUCUUUUAUACAAUAACACAAGCAACCCACGCAUAUGCAUUUUAAGGUUUCCUUGCCUGGCUGCCAAAAGGGCAUGUUUCAGCAUUAUUUCAUUGCUUACAUUACUCAUGCUUCUUGUGCAAACAACUAAAUUGCGUACACAACUAAACAUCCGCUCUCGUGAUUCGUGAAGCAUAAUAAAGGGCAUAAUAUAAGGGCAUAAUACCAGCAAAAAAGGGCAUAAUUCCUGUGAUCGCAUCGAUCGAAACCAGACCAAUAUUCCGGUAAUGAGACAUUGCCUGUGAUCACUGAUCAUGUUUCUAUAUGAACGAUUUCGUGUGAGCUGUGAGGUAGCAAAUACGGUUAUAGGCAAAAUAGUCUGUAAUUUAAUAUAUGUCGCCUAUAUGCGCUUAGUCUGUUUUAUACUGUAGCCUAUAAACAUGUUUUUUCUUGGCGGAAGUAACCAUAUUUUUUCGAGAAUGCGUUUUUUCCCACUUUCAAAAUUCGGCGCCCCAUUUUCAUUUUUGCGCCCCCAAGAAUUGCCAGGCCCCCCCUGCCAGCACGCCACUGCCCAACUUACCCUCCACCCCCUCCCCAGUACACAUACUUUAUGAUCGGUCCCUAACUGUUAGUUGUAUUGAGGGAGAUGCACGAACAUUACAAUGGGCCUGUUCGCAGGCUAAUUACAAUGUUUCUAUGAGCAUCAACGUGGUGUUAUUGUGAAUGCAAUGACAGAGGAGAUAUAUUAAUGAAAAAAAUAGAAGCAAAUUCAGUGUCUUUAAAAUUUUAAUAGCCUGUAAGAAUAAAUUUGGUGCGCGUAUAGUUUUCAAUAUCCCGUCCAGAGACAUUCAAAAUUUUGAAAGCGAUUAUAUCUAAUGUGGCAUAAUUAGUUUGCUUUCUGCUAAGUAUCUGUCGGUAACACGUCAGGUAAUUAUUAAAAGUUUACUUACGACAGAUGGCAAAAUGUUUAAUAAGUCAAGUAAAAUGUUUAAUAAGUCGAGUAAACCUACAAUGAACUAAUAAGUGAAGUAACGUAGAUCGGUGUUCUUUGUGCAUGCUUGCAAAAGAAAUGCAAUGACAGAGGAAAAUCUAUAUUAUAGGAAAAAAUAUUCGCUGAUUUUUUAAAAAGUAUAUUCAAAUUUUAAAACAUUCAAUGAAAAUAUGCGCGUUUUUUUGCUAUUACCAAAACACGGAGCAGUAGAAAAACCAAAAUCCUUUGUGAUGGACAUGAGCUCGACCUUCGAAUUUACGAUGUGAGUAAAUUGUUAAACAUGUCCGAAUUUAUCAAUACAAUAAAUUCGCGACUCCACAUAAUACCACAAGCAUUAAGGCCCAGACACACCACAGGCGGCCCAGACGUGUAUCAGUGUAUAGUAAAUAUAUCAUUAUAGAAUAUACCUCUGAGAAUAUACUAAACAAUAAAAUUUGUAAUGAAUUUUAUAUUUUAAAAUCAUAUUUACUUGCCUACUUUGAUUGUAUGUGAUCGUCUUUUAUUUCUGAGCGACUUCACAUUCGAUGCCUGCGACUGUCUUCAUAGGUGAUAGUAUUGAAAGCAAAGGCUAACGAUUCCAGUUACCAAACAGCCGACACGAACAAUUCAAAUCGAAAAAUAUCCCCUUUAAAUUGCUUUGUUCCCGGUAAAACUUCGCCAGCGUAUAGAAUAAACACCCAUCUUCGAACAUACAAGACAAUAUUAACACGUCCUAUAAUUUUUGCAAUGGAUUUUUAGCGAAAUGUUUCAAGACUAAAAUUCUAUGGAACUUAGAAAGACCGAUAAUUACUACGGCGCCUGCUUGGCCACCUAGCCUCCUAUACCGUUUGGAUUGUCAGGGGGGGAUUCAAAUAAAAACACCUAUUUUCGGCAACAGCCAGCCAAUCAACGCCGCGAUACCGACUGUUUACAAUAUUUGAAAUCGGCUAUUAGUAAAACACGGAGCACAGAGCACACGGAGCACGGAGCACGGAGUACGGAGCACACGGAGCACGGAGCACACGGAGCACGGAGCACACGGAGCACGGAGCACACGAACUACGGAGCAGUAGAAAAACGAAAAUCCUUUAUAAUAAAAUACACUGUUUACUACAAAUUUUUAUUACAAAUUUUUGUUCUUAUUAAUAAAGUUUUUUCGCGUUUUACACGUUGAGGAAGUAGAUAAAUGGGGCUUUUACUGCACAUAUGAUGCAAAACUGCCAAAAGCCAUAGUAUUUAAAAUAGGAUUGUGCCUGUGAAACUCGUCACAUAUCUAUCAAGCUUAUGAGUUAUGUAGUUAUAUCAGUAUAUUCCGAUGGCCAACGCAUUAAGAAACACUUAGAGAACAGCCGAUAUAUUUCGUUACCCCUACCAAAAGAUAGCCAAGUACUCAUCUUUCAAUGUAGCGGAUCGACUGAACAUUAUAAAAGCUUGUCAUGGAGAGAAGUGAAUUUUCGGUUUAUCCUUCGUCCCAGUGACCAGUGAGCAGUGUGCUGUACGGCCUACGCCGGUUUAAACCGUUAUACAUAAUUACUGCUUUCAUUCUUUCAAUCCGUUUUGAAUAUUCGGAAUCAUUCACUAUUAUAUUAUAAAACUGUAUAAGAUAGCUGUAGAAUUUAAAAUUAAACGAGACUUACCUGUAAGUUGAAGUUUGAUUGGAAUUCUACAAGUCAUCAGUCAGGAACGGAGGAAUUACAUGAGAGAGCGCGCGCGAGCUAUCUAGGCAAUAUUCAACGUAAUCGUGAGUGUGAACAGGAGCAUGGAACGGAGGAAUUGGGACGGGAGGGAAUCAGCUUGCCUGAUCCAGGGCAUGUAAUUCCUCCGUUCCUGACUGAUGACUUGUAGAAUUCCAAUCAAACUUCAACUUACAGGUAAGUCUCGUUUAAUUUUAAAUUCUACUACGUCAUCAGUCUACGUCACUACGGAAUUACAUGAGAUUUCAAAGCGGUCCUGUUCACACACACACGCCAAUGAGUAGAUCAGUCAAUGGUUUACGAAGUAACUAAACCAUGAUAGCAUCUACUAACAAACGAGCCGACAGUAUCACAUCUGCGCAAGGGCAGAUACAAAAAAGGGAAUCAUUUGAUUGUGAGGUUGGGCCGUUGGGCUAACCUCUUCUGUUUACAAGAAAUGCUAGUAGUAGUAGACUCCAAAUAAAUAAAGGUAAAGAUAAUUUCCUCAUGAUUCUUUUUAAAUUCCCUUAAAUUAAAUGCAUUGCCAUCAAGAAGCAAUGAACGAUUGUUGCCAUAAGAUUGCAAACCCGUACCCAUGCAGGCUGUUCCCUGGUACCGAUACGACUCACAAUUCCUAUACCAUAAGACGGAAUUUUUCUUUGUAUUAAGCAUACAGCCUGCAGUGUAUCUCUAGGCUGUCAUAGAGCCAAAAGUUUCCAAUAUAUGUGCCAUUGGCAUCGAGGAGUUGAUAACUCAAGGACGAAAGAACUUUUACUCUUCCUCAAUUGAAAAACCUGGUUGCAGCCUUGCACUAAUUUUGAAAUGAAUAUUUUUUCUGAUGCCACACGACGUCUUUGCAAAUUAUAUAAAAAUUAAGGUCAUUACAGCAUCAUCAGACCGUUAUGCAAUAAACGCUGAACUGAGCAUUGAAAACUCGGCGUUGACUAAUAUCACGUAACCAACACAGCAAAUAUCAUGAUUAUUAGAUUACAUUGAUAUCGAAGGAACUAGGCUCAGUUCCGAAAUAUCACAUACUCGAACCAACCUGACCGCGUAGCUCAGUUGGCAAAGCAUUGGGCUAGUAUUCCAAAGGUCGUAGGUUCGAUUCCCAUGCACCGUGGUCAGGCAUAUUUUCCAAGCCUGCCCAAUGUGGAUAUACACUCAGAGUAACCUCACAAGCAUCAUGUAACUGAUAUAAUGGUUCUAUAUGACACACAUAAUGUAGUUAAGCAAAAAUAUGCAUUAGUUCCAUAAUUCCGUCGUUAUUAUAAAUCAGAAGCUGAUGAUAGAUAGAAAUGAUUUUGGCAGUACUACGUACAAUGAAAAGGAAGACAAAUGUGCCCAAAUAGGUACUGAUUAGUACAUUAUGAGUCUGAGUAACAUCAAUGUUCUAUAAGUCUAGCCAUUUCAAAUACAUAUGUCAUAUAUUGUAUUAUUGGAUUAUCACCCCUCUCAAUAUUAUGGUCCCAAUUUGUGUACUGAAGUCUGUAUAAUAAUUAAGUGUAGUAUGCCGCUUGAUGCCGAUGGCAUUUGGACGUACAAUCAUACCGUUAAAGGCCAUAAGGUUUCGAAGUGAAGGCGGUGAGCAUAUAGUCAUAUCCACAACUAUUUGUAUUUGGAGAGUUAUAUUCCUCAGUAAUAUUUCUGUGGCACGAAAUAUGUGUUAAAUACAUUGCAUGUGCACAAGAAAUUCGCCAAAGAGGACAGGUUUGAUCAGUGUUCUUCUGUGACUGUGUGGGGUAUCAUAGGAACGUUUACAUCCGAAACUUACAAUAGGUGAAGGGAAAAGAUCUUAUCCGUUACAACAGUAACAACACUAACAUUAUUGUAGAGAUAUCCUGUUGAAACAAUCAGGGGACAUUGUUAUUGGCUUCAUUUGCAUAUUAACGCGAGAAUCAAAGCAACAUUCGAAGUUAAAUUUCGGUCAGUUGCAUAUUUUCCUGAGUCAGGGUCCAUGGUAUAUUGGCCCAUAAGGUUUCUCGCUGUGCCCUUCCUACAUACAGUUACAUGGUGACCACAUGACUGACAAGAAUUGUCCUUUGUAUUGAAUUCCUCUUAUUUUAUUAUAUAUAGCCAUAUGCAAUGCCAAUGGGGUUAAAUAGCCGGUAAUUAUAACAUGCAUAUUGCACUGGAGUGACAGCCGGUUCGUCAGUUUUGAAUUUUGUAACUGUUAUUGUUAUCAGACCAUUUAAAACUCAUCAUAACCAUAAAUUAGCACACAUACCGACGGUAUAGUCGAGUUUACGAAGACUGAAUAGUAUCGCAUCACAGGCAUUGCUAUUUGGUAAUUGGUCUUUGUAUUGUCCUGUGAAGGAAUGAAUGCCAUUCUAUAAAUGCAAUGUUUGUCCUGCAGUCCAGAACAACAGUGAUUGCAGCAAAUUGACUAUGUCUAUUAUAUAUGACAUAUGUACAAGGUAUUUAGCCUAUACUAUGAGUCUAUGGCUAUGCCAUGUUAAACAGAUGAUUUACAAAAUAGGAUAGUGCAACUUCCCAAUGCCAAUGCCAAUGGUGUGUUAUUGUUAUAUGAAACAUUGUCAUUGAGUACCAGAACGCUUCACUGUUCCAGUCUGGCCUGAUUUGUUUGGCUUGAAGCCAAUCUCCAUUGGGUAUAUUUCCAUACAUAAUGACCAGUGAAUAUUCUACACUGCUGUUCCGAAAAUCAAGGCAUAGAAAUUUACUAAUCCUUAUACUUUAAUACAAAUUGCUUUGGAUAUUCAAAAGCCUCCAAGAGGUUAAGAUAAUGAUGUCCAAUUUUGUUCUCAGGGAACAAGAUUAGCCUCCAUGCAGAUUUGCAGACAUCAACCACACCUUCAAUUCUAAUCAGGAAUUGAAAUCUGAUCCAUGGUUAAAUAAACAGGUACAAACCGUACAAUUCAGUAAAUUUCCCCUUGGCCUGGGCGAGUUGUUUGUUUGAUGAUUCAAACAUAGCCACUGGCAUCGAUUAGCAUUUCGAUUUUCACCGCCAAUAUUCCCACUUGGGAAGAAGAUAAUAACCUACUUCAGUCUAAUGACUAAUCAGGUUACUAUACUGAGAUAGUAAAAGGGGCUAUAAUUGCUAUAGCAUGCAUGAUGUAUACUAUUUCCACCAACUGUACCAAGCUGUACAGUGACUGCAUUUAUGCCAGAAGUGAGUUGAUACCAGCCAAUACCAAAAUUACUGAUAUUAACAGUAAACUAAGCUGACUAGCUUUAGUCUUGCCGUGGAAGAACCAUUGGAAUGAACAUUGUGUUAUUGUGUGCUCACAUUCAAAUGAGCAAAUAUUCAUUGUAGGUUGUAGUGUAGCUCAAUUUGGACAAGGCCUUUGGCCUUACUACAUGUCAUGUGAUGGCCAUCACCCCUGCUGUUGUUGUAUCACAGGAAGUGACCAACCAAGUUAAAACUGGUCUGCAUUCGAUCAGGUCUAGUUUCAACGGUUUUGCUGGCAUUUAGCUAUGCUAUUAUAUUUAUUAUAUCACACAAGAUAAAACUUUAAAAGUAUCACAAUUGUUUAUUCCUUUAGCGUGGUUCUCGUAACAUGUACUGAUGUACUUCCAUGUUUAAAUCUCGUGCGUAGCACGUGAAUAAAUUACUGGCAAAGCACUGGCAAUUUCCCGCCAAGUAAACAAAGUAUAAUGUUCGCUCAGGAUAAACUCGAGUAUAAAGUAUUACGAAAGUGCAAAUAAAAUGUCGUUCAAUCUGAACGCUUUGCAGCAAUAAACAAUAUUAUAAUAUUAUUGUAGAUUCCAUUAGGUAAAGCACAGUGGGUAACGUGAUCAUUUAAUAUAUGUGUAUAUACAUGCCAUGGACUGUAUCCACACGGCACACGCCACAAAUGACAUUUUUAUGUUGUUGACACUGGAAAAAUCCAAUUAGUUUCUGCGUUACAUGCAGUUGUGUGCAUUAAAAUAAUGGACUAGCUUCCUAGUGGUGUGAAAAAGCACUAUGCUAUGAAAAAGCACUAUGCCAUGACCUUGUGGCGCCCAGCACAGCAAUGGCGUCUCUUGGUACUUUCCCAAGUUGCUGAAGCAACAAUGUGGUCGUUGACCAUGUGUACCUUUUGCCUUUACUCGUUAGGCUUUGGACUGGGUAGUUGGCGUCCUGUUUCUUGGUUUUAUAGGCUUUUCCACAGCCAUUGGCUUCUUGUUUAAUUGGCUUUGUAUGGCCUUUGUUUGGCCUCGUAUAUUUUGCCCGUUGGGCUUUGUAUGGCCUUUGUUUGGCCUCGUAUAUUUUGCCCGUUGGGCUUUUUAAUAUAUGGCCGUUGGCCUCAUAUGCCUUAAUAAGGCUUUAGUUUCACUUGCUCAUCUUAGGAGCGGUCUGUAUAGACCAUAGGUAGCUUUUCCCCAAUGUGGGUGUACUGGGUUGCUUAUAUUUGCCGCUCAACUCUGCAGCACAAGCGUGAAUUUUGUUUGUGGCUGUCCGCCAUAUUGUCACCAUUUUAUAUAUAUUUAUUGUCCAUUUGAUCGUUUACCUAAACGAGAAUAAGAAACAAAACCACAAAAUAGCAAAAUAACAAAACAAUAUACUCCCUGUUUGCCUUGUGCAAAAAUUUUGUUCAACAAACCGUUGAUAAUGAACUAUUCUUUACGAUUUACUCGCAUAAAUUUCUUCACGUUGUUUAUGCCCAGAAAGACGCAAGCACAAAUUGCCUAGAUAGCUCGCGCGCGCUCUCUCAUGUAAUUCCGUAGUGACGUAGACUGAUGACGUAGUAGAAUUGCGUACAUACGUAUAAUAAGAUACACUCCUCUCACCAAAUCAGGAUUCAGUAAUUUUGUCAAAUAGAUAAUAAGAUAACUUACUGUUGUAUCGACAUACUGUACUUUGUACAUUUGCAUUGAUAGGUGUAUGAUCAAAUGCCCGAGCCACGUUGGGUGCUGUCUAUGGGAAGGUACUGUUGCAGACUCAAAUAUGCACAUAUGAAAUUGUGAUAUUGAAGUGUACGGAUUAAAAAGAUUAGACCAUGUCAAGCGAAGAUCGUUUGCCAGGAAAAUAGUAUAGCCUCUUGAUGAAGCUUAUACCCUAUAAGGCCUGUUUCGAACGUCCCGCCUCUCAUGUGCCGAAUGCAUUAGAAACAAUAGAUAAUGAGGUAUUUCAGCUGAUUAUCUAUUGGUUUUAAUGCGUUCGGCACACGAGAAGCGGACGUUGAAACAGUCCUUAGAAGUGAAAUUGUCCACACAUCCUCUUAUGAAUUUUCGGCUGCUUUAAACACUAGAUAAUGGGGCUGACCGACCCCCUCCAUCAACCAAUAACAUCGUAAAUCCUCCACUAUCGUACUCCCCCCCCCCCCUCCCGGGGGUGUUAGUUCAGCCAAAUGGUGUUUAAUAAAUUUUAUUCUCAAAACCCGGGUAUAUGAGAGGACGUUUUUGAGAGGAGAGUUCAAUUAUAUAAGAUCUAUACGUAAAACUGCCCGAGUGUCUUAAUAACAUUUAUAUUUUUUCUUUUACCAGCUGUGCGAAUGGUGGAGGUUACUAUCAUUAUUCGUAUGCCGUAGUCAGAGGCUGUGGUCGUAAUGUUCCUGUAGAUAUCUACGUUCCUGGCUGCCCACCCACUGCUGAGGCAUUGCUAUAUGGAAUACUACAACUACAGAAAAAAGUUCGAAGACAGAAACCUAUCGCAAUGUGGUAUCGAAAAUAGGACACACGCAAUUUUGACCAACUUUUGUAUUCUGCAUGACAGACUUACAGGAACUGAAUCAUAUGU